CAUGCACUUCCGGUGUUCCCGGAAAGGGCGUGGAUGCCUGGCCUCUGCAAAGGCGGAAGCGGAGCAGCCCCACCCCAAUUGGCCUCGUCGCCGGUUUUCUGCCGAUGGCCGCCUACUCAUACCGCCCGGGCCCCGGCCCCGGCCCUGCUGCGGGCGCUGCGCUGCCGGACCAGAGCUUCCUGUGGAACGUCUUCCAGCGUGUUGAUAAAGACAGGAGUGGGGUGAUAUCAGACAACGAGCUUCAGCAAGCAUUGUCCAAUGGCACAUGGACCCCAUUUAACCCAGUGACUGUCAGGUCAAUUAUUUCUAUGUUUGACCGGGAGAACAAAGCUGGUGUGAACUUCAGCGAGUUCACGGGCGUGUGGAAGUACAUCACAGACUGGCAGAACGUCUUCCGCACCUACGACAGGGACAACUCGGGGAUGAUUGACAAGAACGAGCUCAAGCAAGCACUCUCAGGUUUUGGCUACCGGCUCUCUGACCAGUUCCACGACAUCCUCAUCCGCAAGUUUGACAGACAAGGACGAGGGCAGAUUGCCUUUGACGACUUCAUCCAGGGCUGCAUCGUCUUGCAGAGGCUGACAGACAUAUUCAGACGCUACGACACAGAUCAGGACGGCUGGAUCCAGGUGUCUUACGAGCAGUAUCUCUCCAUGGUCUUCAGCAUCGUAUAAUGAAGGGCUCACAAGCAGCAGCACCACGUAGACGAAGACGGAAAAUGCCAAAUCCCUUACCUGUCGUGAAGUGGGACAUGGACAGUUAGAAGCUGUUCUUCUCAGCCUGUGUAUUGAUGCGUGGGGACCAGCUGUACAUACGUGAAUAAGCUGACGAGUCUUACUUUGUCACAGUGGCUGCAUUGCUGUGGUGACAGACGUAGGGCUGCGCUCAUUGUGCUCAUCGUGCUGUGCAGUCAUGGCUCAGGUUUCUGCUAGGGAAAAUGCGCCCAUGCUUUUCUAGACAUCUUCAGUUCUGCAAUAGAUACGGUUUUAUUUGCCAAUAGGAUUUUAAAAUAAUACAGAACUUGCACAGAGGCUUUUCAUGUGCCUUACUUUUUAAAAAAAUUAUUGUAUUCCCUGGAAUAUACAACAGGAGCAAUAAAGUGAUGGUACAGACUCA